CCCUUACGCAUCCGGUGUUGUAAUUGUAAAUUCAUUGUCAUUCCCUUGGCUUCGUCACAAGACGGACAACACCAUCCCUCCCACGUUUGUAGCCAGCCAGGAGGGUGUUUCUUCACUUCAGUAUUGGAAUUGCUGGAUCUCAAUUCCAGACACAAACCAAGCACAAGCAGCAGCAAAAGAAGAACAAGAAACAAAGAAAAAGAAAAAGAAAACAAAAGAAGGAAAGAACCCAGAGCGCUUCUACGCCGCGGCCUCCUACGUCGGAUUGGACGGAUCCAACUCUCCCACCAAAGCUCUCACCGCCAAGUUCGCCAAAUCCACCGCCCUCCUUCUCUACACUCUCUACCAACAGGCUACUAUAGGACCUUGUAAUAUCCCGGAACCGAGUUCGUGGAAGAUUGUGGAGCAUAGCAAAUGGGCAAGCUGGAACCAGCUCGGAAACAUGUCUUCUACAGAAGCCAUGCGACUGUUUGUGAAAAUAUUGGAGGUUUGGUACUCGAGGGCAUCUAACUCCUUUGUAGAGGCUGAGCCUGUUAUAGAUGUUCAAAUGAAUCACAAUUCCAAAGUUGGACCAGUAGUUGAGAAUGGGAACUCUUAUCCGGAGACAAAGACUAUUCCAACUGAUAAUGGGAGUCAAGUUGGAACCCAGGAUAAAGAUGUUGUUGUUGAAGGCUUUAGUUCAGUUGAAGUCUAUGAUCAAUGGAUUGCACCUCCAGUAUCUGGCCAACGUCCAAGGGCCAGAUAUGAGCAUGGGGCAGCAGUUGUGCAAGACAAAUUGUAUAUAUAUGGUGGAAAUCACAAUGGUCGUUACCUUAACGAUCUUCAUGUUCUAGAUUUGAGAAGUUGGACUUGGUCUAGGGUUGAGGCUAAGGCAGAAGUUGAGUCUACAAACUCGUCAUCUACACCAAUGUUAAGCCCUUGUGCUGGUCAUUCACUGAUUCCAUGGGAUUCUAAGCUUCUGUCAAUUGGUGGGCAUACAAAAGAUCCUUCUGAAAGUAUCCAAGUGAAAGUGUUUGAUCUGCAAACGGCAACUUGGUCAACUCUAAAGACUUAUGGGAAACCCCCGGUAUCACGUGGAGGCCAAUCAGUUACUUCAGUUGGAAAAACCUUGGUGAUAUUUGGUGGACAAGAUGCUAAGAGAACUCUCUUGAAUGAUCUGCAUAUUCUUGACUUGGAAACCUUGACAUGGGAUGAAAUUGAAGCUGCUGGUUUGCCUCCUUCUCCGAGGUCUGAUCAUGCUGCUGCUGUGCAUGCUGAGCGAUACUUGCUUAUCUUUGGUGGGGGCUCACAUGCAACUUGCUAUAAUGAUUUGCAUGUUCUUGAUUUGCAGACUAUGGAAUGGUCUAGACCAACUCAACUGGGUGAAAAACCAACACCACGUGCGGGACAUGCUGGUGCGACAGUUGGCGAGAAUUGGUUCAUUGUCGGUGGGGGUGACAAUAAGAGUGGGGUCUCAGAGACUGUUGUGUUGAAUAUGUCUACGCUGACUUGGUCAGUGGUAACUUCUGUUCAAGAGCGUAUUCCUGUUGCUAGUGAGGGCUUGAGUUUGGUUGUAAGUUCAUAUGAUGGUGAAGAUGUACUUGUAUCAUUUGGAGGAUACAGUGGCCGUUACCACAAUGAGGUCUAUGUUCUUAAACCAAGCCACAAAUCAACUUUGCAGUCAAAACUAGUUGAAAAUUCCAUACCAGAUAGUGUUUCUGCAGUGCACAAUGCUACAAAUGCUACCCGAGAUGUGGAGUCCGAAUUUGAAGCAGGCAAUGAAGGGAAAAUUAAGGAACUUGUCAUUGACAAUGGUGAUUUUACAAAACCGAAAGGGGAUCUUCUAACAGUCCUGAAGGCUGAGAAAGAUGAAUUGGAAACAACACUCAGCAAUGAGAAGUUACAUACCCUUAAACUACAGCAGGAGUUGGCAGAUGCCGAAGCUCGCAAUUCUGACCUUUCCAAGGAGCUCCAAUCAGUACGCGGUCAGCUUGCUUCUGAGCAGUCAAGGUGUUUCAAAUUAGAGGUUGAGGUAGCUGAAUUAGGACAGAAGCUCCAAACAAUUGGUACAUUACAGAAAGAACUUGAACUCCUCCAGCGGCAAAAAGCAGUAUCAGAGCAGGCCGCCUUGAGCGCAAAGCAGAGGCAGGGCUCAGGUGGCAUGUGGGGCUGGCUUGCUGGUACUCCCCAAAGCCCGAAUGCAGACGAUGACUGAAAGCGCAAAUCUACCCCAUUAGCUUAACUGGGUUUUGUUUCAGUUGCCAAUUAAUUUUAUUUCCAAUACAAUUUUUGGUUUGUUCACAUUUAGCUCAUUUUUUUUGGUGAUGGAAAUAAGAUUUUAGCUGCUGUUUUGCCAAAAGGAAAACCCCCUGGGGUUCUUGCAGUAAUACAUAUAUUAAUAUAUACAUGCAAUGUAAUUUAGUUGUGUAGCUCUUCAUAUAUGACUUAGUCCAGGACAGUGCAUGUUGUCAAUUAUUAUUAUUGUUGUUCGUAUUGUUCCAGUCAUUAACUCAUUAUUAUCAUUUGUAUUCAAGAUGCAUACAUGAUUCAAUGAAAGCAUAUAUAUUCUUUGUUU